AUGGACCCCAGAGAAUUCUGGAGAAAGAGUGCCAAGGUCUGGCUGUGCUUGAUCCUGCUUUGUGCUGUACUUCUGGGCUUCUAUAGCAAUGUUUUCAGCCUGAUCUCCACUUGGCAGAGAGGAGAGUCUCAAAGCAGCCCUGAGGUCCACCACCUGCAGGGCCAACAGGGGCGUCUGCCAUUUAGUGAAGGUGACUGUCACCUGGACACCUGCAGGAUACCUGAAGUACCCAGGUUGGUUUACCCCAAGGCCCAGCUCCUCAAGCCCACGAGAGUGGACGUGCUGGUCAUGACUCCCUGGACAAGAUACGUGGUCUUCCUGAAGCUCUUCCUGGAGACGGCCGAGAAGCACUUCAUGGUGGGACACAAGGUCAACUACUAUGUCUUCACUGACCAGCCGGCGGCUGUGCCCCAGAUCCCCCUCCAGGAAGGGAGGCAGGUGGUGGUCCUCAAGGUCCGAAACUACAAACACUGGCAGGACAUAUCCAUGCACCGGAUGGAGAUGAUCAGCAACUUCUCCCAGCAGCGCUUCCUCCGCGAGGUCCAUUACCUGGUGUGCUUGGACGUGGACAUGAAGUUCAGUGACCACGUGGGCGUGGAGAUCCUGGCACCUCUCUUCGGGACCCUCCAUCCUGGUUUCUACGCAGGUGAUCGCCAUUCUUUCACCUAUGAACACCGACCCUUGUCUCAGGCCUACAUUCCGAGAGAUGAGGGUGAUUUUUACUAUGCGGGAGGCUUUUUUGGGGGGUCGGUCCCUGAGGUUUACCGGCUCACCAUGGCCUGUCAUCAGGCAAUGAUGGCCGACCAGGCCAACGGCAUCGAGGCUGUGUGGCACGAUGAGAGCCACCUGAACAGGUACCUGCUGUACCACAAGCCCAGCAAGGUGCUGUCCCCCGAGUACCUGUGGGACGAGCAGAUGCUGCAGAGACCGCCUUUACUCAGGAAACUUCGAUACGUGGCUGUGCCCAAGAACCACGCAGAGAUUCGGAACCGAUGAGAACGUACUUCCCAAGAGCCCAUGUUACCAGGCUGUAGCGCAUGUCAGUGGUUCUGCUGUCUUGAUAAGGGAUUGGCCAAAGAU